GCUACCGCAUCAUCAUCAGUCCGCGUCGGAGAGCUACCCGCGACGCUUGUCUGCGAGCUAGAUCCCUCAGAUACGCUGCUGGUUUACGGCGUGCCGUAACACGACACGUUUGGAGGGACCGCCGCUGCUACGCGUGUGCCUGGUACUCUGUGAACACUGGAUUUUGUGCUACUAGUGUUGUGACGAUGUACAUGUGCUGAAAUUCCCGAUUUCCGUAUUUAUAGGAUUUUGACGUCGCAACCAGUUCCGGAUCAGCUCAGCCGGUAAUCGUGAUGAAAGUCGUUAGUUUGCAAUUGCCGUCGGGGCCAAGUAUGGAGCGAUUACCGCUGCCAUUUAGUCCAACGGAACUGUUGUGGCGGUAUCCAUUGCCAUGGGCGCCACCGCCUCCCUCGCCUCUUGGCGAUACAAAGGCACAACUACCAGCCAGCCUUCCGCCAGAACCAAGACUAUGGUCCAGAGAUGAUGUAGCUAUCUUCUUGAAAUGGUGUGAAAGAGAAUUUGACUUGCCAAAUUUUGAUAUGGAUUUAUUUCAAAUGAAUGGAAAAGCUUUAUGCUUAUUGACCAAAACUGACUUAGGAGAGCGUUGUCCUGGUGCUGGUGAUGUCUUGCACAAUGUUUUACAAAUGUUGGUGCGUGAUGCAGCACUUCUAGGAAGAGUGCCAUCUUCACCGGUAACGCCAACAGCGCGCGCUGCUCCUUAUCCGCCAUCACCGCACUCACAUCCACCAACACCAACUUGGGCUGUCGACGGUUUCCAUCACUUUCAUAGCGCUGCUGUAGCUGCUGCCCAACCAAACUCAGUAACAUUAAGUCCAGCACCAUCAGUAGAUAGUUCAGGAAGUCCACAACGUGGAGACGGAGUUAACUAUGGACCUACAUACGCCCCAUCGGUACCUGCACAGGCUCAAGCAGCUAGUUCUGGAAGCAAUCAUUCUGAUUCUGACGAAGAAGCACAAUUCGGGCAUCCGCCUCGAUCUCCUAAAGAAACUCCUCUGGCGAGUCCAGCGCCACAAAAUCUUCCAGUACAACAUUCGCAUUACCGUACUCAACACAGAGAAUUCUUUCCAAACGACAUGCCAGAAUCAAAUACAAAUGGUCGCCUAUUAUGGGACUUUCUACAACAGUUAUUAAACGACCCAACGCAGAGGUAUACAAACUACAUUGCGUGGAAAAACAGAGAGACUGGUGUAUUCAAGAUUGUAGACCCGGCUGGACUUGCCAAACUGUGGGGAAUUCAGAAAAAUCAUCUAUCAAUGAACUACGACAAAAUGUCGCGAGCAUUAAGAUAUUACUAUCGUGUCAAUAUCCUACGAAAAGUACAAGGCGAACGACAUUGUUACCAAUUUUUAAGAAACCCAACUGAACUUAAGAACAUUAAAAAUAUCUCACUCCUGCGGCAACAAAUGAGCCCCACGAGAGUAGUGCCCCAGGCCGCCGUAAAAACUGAGAUGAAAGAAGAACGUUGUGAAGAAGAAGCAGUAGAUGAAGACAUGCCUACUGACCUUAGCAUGGCAGCAUCAGAACCCUGGCGAAAGCGUGCGCGAUCAGAUCCCGCUCCUAUUCCUUCGCAACAUGACAAACAUCGCAUCAGUGUCCUUAUAGGUGAUAACAUGAUGCUAAAACGUGAACCUGAAUAUAGUGGCGAUCAUUACGCUCUAAACCUUAAAAGUGAAAAAUGUGAACAAUGAUCACAAACAAUGAAAAUGCUUGAACACUUAUAGUGCGAUACGGUUAUGUUGAUAUAGUGUGAAAAGAGCUCCACCCGCUAAAAUUCUAGUCAAAUUCCUCUCAGAAAGGAUUCCAGUCUUCCUAAAAUAACAUGUUUAUUAAUAAAGCUGUAUUACGCAAACAAACACUGAGAGAACUUUGACGAAUUAUAUAUGGUCUUGGAGUUAAACAGGGUAUGGACCUAAAAUUAUGCCUUUGUGCCAAGUGAUUUUAUCUAAUAGUGUCAAUUACCUAAAUAGUUAGCAAAAGAAAGAAGAUUUUAUGUGUGUUAAAAUCAUAUAGACUAUUUUAAAAUUUGUGCAAUGGACCAUUCAAUGGACUGCCGAGAUCUCGCAGUUACAACUAGAUAUAUUGCCGAAAGAAAUAUCUGUGUGCGUAAAUCUACGCGCCUGUUAAUGCAUUUUAUAAUUUAAUUAGCUAUAUACGUAUGGAUAUUUUUUUUUAUAUAUAUAUAUAUAUACCUAAAAACGGAUAGUAGAUAAAAGUAAUAAGAAAAAAAUCAACAGAGUUAUGAAAUAUCAUACAUAGAAUUAUCGUCUUCCAAUUAUUUUUUAUUACAACCCAUUUCAAUUGUAGCUUGCGGAAAAAUUUAAUCUUUAAUGUACCUACCACAUAAUUUCAAAAAUGCGUUAUUUAUGGCAGCUAUAAAAGUUUUAAAAUAAAUUAUAACUGAGUAAAAUAUUCAGUAAUAUAUGAUCUAAAAGACAAUAAAAAAAAAAUCUUAUUAGGUACCUUAAAUGCCUUGAAAUAAAAAAUGUCCACUGUGAUAAAAACAAAAAGUGGUAGACAUCUCGAGUAUGCUAGGGUUUUUACUCAAAGAUUUCCAGCUACAAUUUUCUGUGAUCUCUUUUAUCAAUGUAGGUAAAUGUCAUAGAGAGUUAAAUAUAGUUUUGUAAAUAUUAGUAUAAGAUAGGUUAAAAAGAACAGACUGUAAAGAGAGUGUAUGUAUGAUUUGUAAAACAAAGAGGAGCUUUAUCAAAGUACCUAGUAUAUGUAAGUACUAUUACAACUGAGUUUGUAUUUUUACAAUUAUUUCUAUUUGGCAAAUGCAUGCCAACUCUUCCAACAUGUACACAAUAUAAUUAUGAAGUUUCACAAAAAAAUAUUGUGGCUGAUUUAUUAUAACUUAAAAUAAAUGAAAAAGAUGUUAUUUA